AUGCUCCGAAACAAGGCGACACUGCCUGCCCUGCAGAAAACAUACGAUGAAAGCUACCUGACCUGUUCUACCGCUGUGUACUAUGAGGGCCAGGGCAAUGAGAAGGAGGCGAUGCGCUGCUGGAAAUCAGCUCUCAGCAAUAUAUACGAUCACAAUGCGAAUAAAGUGCCAGCCACCUACGACCCCAGAUCCGAGACGGAGAGAGCAUUGGUCGAGAGUUUAAAGAAGCUCGAGCUACAGUGCAAGGAGCGCAUAGAUCUCCUGGAAGCCUUGAGAAUGUCUCGUCAAGAGGACGCCGCCAGCACCCCAAGGACACCCUCGAGCGGGAAGUUGGUCGAAUACAUAGGGCCUUCGGACAUGGAACCACGCAGGAGUACUUCGGGGAAAGGUUGGAUUGGCGACGGAACCAUACCGGCUAUCACCUACCCGGAACUGUCACGGCCAGCCUUACCGCCGCGUCCGUCCCUGAAUACUAGGACUUCCUCGGAGCAGGCUGUGGUGGGAGACAGGCGUGCCAGCGCUGAGGUUGGGGGGCCAUCUUCUGCGCCGCGGCCCUCUGGCUACCACACGCCUUCUUCCAGCAGGAGGCCCUCUCGCUCACCGAGCCCCGAAAAGUACACGAUGAGGACUACACUGCGCUCGAACAAGUCUGGCGAAAGAUCGGGCAAGUCCUCACGCCGGCCGUUGCCCAAGGCAACCGAUGAACCUGGCGCCAGCAGGGCUGCUACACUUGCCUGGGGCGCUCUGGGCACACGGAAUAAGUCAUCACUCGGGCGCGAUGCGGAUGCCUCUGUCGGUCAGAGCACCAGCCUCCCAUCCCUGGACCUCCGCGCAUAUAGCUCGAGGAGGCCAGAUACGACCUCGUCGGCCAGGCAGUGGGACAGCCAUUCGCGGAGAUUAGUCAGACACAGGGACGAAGAGGCCGGGGCGGUAGCGAGGAGACGUAGUACCGAGCUGUCGGACACGUCGCCUUUCUUGGACGAUCUAAAUGUCGAGGCGUCCGCUCUCUCUAUCAACGCGGCGUCAAGUGCGCUGAACGGGUCGGCUGAGUCUGAACACCGCGAUCACGAACGAAGACACCGUCACAAACUGGAUCAGACAGCGAGGUUGCAGGGCAAACUGUUGCGAGGCGACCAGGAUCACACACCAAGCCGGUCUCACAGCAAGGGUGGGAGCAGUGCAAGCCUGGCCACGCGGCCCAAAGCCGGCCACGUGGAAAAAGAGCGCGUAACCAGUUCCAGCUGGGCAGCCAGUGCAAAGGCGCCCGCUGCGGUCCGGAAAUCGGCAUCCGACUCUAGCCUAGAAGGGAGCGAUUCCGGGUUCGCAUCCUCGCGCCCGAAAAGACGAGUAUCGCAAAAGGAGCGGGCCCUGGCGGCCAACUCCAGCAGCCACUCGCGGUCGAAUUCAAGGUCGCAUUCCAGGAACAACUCGGGAGAGUCGGGCGGGGACGACGCAGGCCCGGAGAGAUCAUGGAAGAAGAGGAAGGCGGAAGUGAUGAAGAACCUGCCCCCGGGCGUCGACAAGAAUGCUGCCAAGCAGAUCCUGAACGAGAUCGUGGUGCGCGGGGACGAGGUGCACUGGAGCGAUAUCGCCGGGCUUGAGGUGGCAAAGAGCGCGUUGCGGGAGGCUGUUGUUUACCCUUUCCUACGUCCGGAUCUCUUCAUGGGUCUCCGGGAGCCCGCACGGGGCAUGCUAUUGUUCGGCCCUCCCGGGACAGGCAAGACGAUGCUGGCUCGGGCUGUUGCCACGGAGUCCAGGUCGACGUUCUUCUCCAUAUCCGCAAGCAGCCUGACAAGCAAGUACCUGGGGGAGUCGGAGAAGCUGGUCCGGGCCCUGUUUGGGCUGGCCAAGGUCCUGGCCCCCAGCAUAAUCUUUGUCGACGAGAUCGAUUCGCUGCUCUCGCAGCGGUCAGGCUCGGGGGAGCACGAGGCAACGAGGAGGAUCAAGACCGAGUUCCUGAUCCAAUGGAGUGACCUGCAGCGAGCCGCGGCCGGCCGGGACUCGGGGGACAAGGAGAGGGGCGACGCCAACCGGGUCCUGGUCCUCGCGGCGACAAAUCUGCCAUGGGCCAUCGACGAGGCGGCCCGCCGGAGAUUUGUAAGACGGCAGUACAUCCCGCUGCCCGAGUCGGAGACCAGAGCCACACACCUGAAGACGUUACUGGGGCAGCAGAAGCACAGCCUCACCGACGAGGACUUUGCGAGGCUGGUCGAGCUGACCGAUGGCUAUUCUGGAUCCGACAUUACUGCGCUAGCCAAGGACGCUGCCAUGGGCCCCUUGAGGUCACUCGGUGAGGCGUUGCUACACAUGACCAUGGAGGAGAUACGGCCCAUCGCGCUGGAAGAUUUCGUGUCUAGCCUCACGAACAUACGGCCCAGCGUGAGCAAAGCCGGCCUGAGGGAGCACGAGGACUGGGCCGCGGAGUUUGGGGAGCGCGGAGGUUGA